AUGGAAGACUUUGAGGACUUCAUCGCUGGAGCCAGCCAGCACCCUGAGCUCGAGCUGCUGUCUUUCCUGGGCGGGGGCGGCUUCGGUGUGGUGCUGCUGGCCCGCCAGGUGUCCAGCCAGCGGCAGGUGGCCGUGAAGCUGUUCCAGAGAGACGCGAGCGACCCCUUGGGCGCCAGGCGCGCGAAGGAAGAGGCCAGCAUCAUGCAGCUGCUCCGGCACCAGAACGUCAUCGAGCUGCUGGAGGUGUGCUGUGUGGGCCGUUACCACUGCCUGGUGAUGGAGCUGGCGGUCGGGGGCGACCUCUACCAGCACGUGAUGGCCCGGGGCGGCCUGCCGGAGCCCGAGGCCAUGGCCAUGUUCUACCAGGUCCUGGCGGCCGUGAGCCACUGCCAUGCGCAGCACGUGGCGCACAGGGACCUCAAGCUGGAGAACCUGCUGCUGGACUCGCGGCUCAACGUGAAGCUGGGGGACUUCGGGCUGAGCUGCCAACUGGCCCAGGGCGCGCUGGUGCGCGGCUUCUGCGGGACCGCAGCCUACUGCGCCCCGGAGGUGUUCGAGCGGUGGCCCUACGACGCCUUCGCCGCGGACAUCUGGAGUCUGGGCGUGAUCCUCUUCGCCAUGCUGGCGGGGACCAUGCCCUUCCGCGGCAGGGGCCGAGCCGAGCUGCAGAGCUGCAUCCGGAGAGGCUGCUACGAGCUGCCCUGUGUGGCCAGCCCCGGCCUGGAGGAGCUCCUGAACUGGCUGCUCAGCCUGGACCCGCGCCAGCGGCUUUCGGCGGAUAUGGCUCGGUACCACUGGUGGUUCCACCCCUUGCUGGAGGAAGCCCAGGGUGAGGAGGUGCAGCCCGUGAGGGUUUCCGAGGACCCAGAGGCCCAGGGUCUGCCGCCGGCUCCCAGCCGGGUGUCCCUGCAGUCGGACUGUCGGGGCCUGGAGCAGGUGCAGCCCUGUGGGCAGAGCGCGCGUCUGGCCGCGGCCUCGCCGCACAGACUCGCCCUUGUGUGGGACGCACCUGCACCCGCCGCCCCGAGGGAGGCCCGAAGUGUGUCUGCCUGGUUCACCUGUGAGAACCUGUCGCCUCAGGGCCGCAGGGAGUCUGCCACCACCACCGCCGCCGCCGCCCGCCCGCCCGCCCGCCUCGCCUCUUCCUGGACAGCCGCACGUGGAGAGGAGCCCUGGUGCCGGCCCAGCCCCCGAGCCCGUCCCUGUGGCCGCCCGUUCCAGCUCCUGCCCUAG